AUGGAGUCAGCAGGAGAGUGUACCCCGGCCAUUGAGGUGGAGGAGCGCGUCCAGGAGCAUGCAGAGUACGACGGGAGGGCUGCCAACUGUCAGGGGUUCCUCCUUCAAUUAAACAUCUAUCUGGCCACGGUCCACCCAGCUCCAUCGGACCGUGAGAGGGUGUCCACCCUCGUCUCGUGCCUCACAGGGAGAGCCCUGGAGUGGACCAUCGCCCUUCACAACUACAAGGCCCUCCACCACAUGCCUAUACUGAGUGAGCUGUAUGCCUCCUCCGUCAAUGCCCUGAGUUUCCUCUGGAGAGGGAAGGGGAACCCUUCAAACAAUGCUCACCCAGAGAGGAGGCCUCUACCUGGGCCUGUACCCUCCGACACUGGCCUGUGGGAACCAGAGGCAUACCGGGAGGACCAGGGAAACGCAGAGGUGGGGAGAAAGAUUGGGCGUGGCAGUGAGGACCCGUGGGGUAAGGAGCAGCCUGACUCAGGGAAUGUAAACAGAAUGACGGUCACUCUCCCAGACCCCAAAGGACCAUGGGGGGAACUUCACAAACGGAGCUUCCAUCUUAGCGAUGACCCCACCCCGUUCUUUGUGCGCACCAAGUCUGGAGCAUACUGCUUCAGAGAGGGGACGGAAAUGGCUUCUCUCAAAGACCAUUUAGGACAAAAGGUCCUGGAACCCGGAGAGGGCCAGCGUAAGAUCCUGCAUGCACACCAAGAGGAACCCAAGUCAGCCCAGGAGAAAACAGCCUGGGGGAAAAGGCUGGGGAAGUGUAUGUGUCGCCCAGGCUGGCACGGCCCUCACUGUGGCAUCCCCACCAUGGUGCAACACUCCAACCUGCCCACUAAGGCGCGUCUGACACUGAGAAAGGUUCCUCGAAGGGUCAUCAAUGCCAUUAAUAUCAACCACGAGUUUGAUCUCCUCCACGCCCGCUUUCACGAGUUGGCUGACGCUGUGGACCUCUUCCUGGUGUGUGAGUCAAACUUCACAGCCUACGGAAAUUCCAAGCCGCUGCACUUCCUGCGCCUUCUGCUUAACGGAACCUACAACUAUGUGCACCACAAGAUCCUCUAUGUAUUCCUCGAUCACUUCCCUAAAGGUGGCCAGCAGAACGGGUGGAUUGCUGACGACUACCUGCGAACAUUUCUAAGCCGUGACGGAAUGUCCAGGGUGCAAGGCGCCAGGCCAGAUGAUGUCUUCCUCAUCAACGAUGCAGAUGAGAUCCCUGCCCGCGAGGGCAUCCUCUUCCUCAAACUCUACGAUGGCUGGACGGAACCUGUGUCCAUCCACAUGAGAAAGUCCCUUUAUGGUUUCUUCUGGAGGCAGCCCGGGACACUGGAAGUCCACUCCGUCUGCACGGUCGCCAUGCUCUUCACUGUCUACAAUGGAGACGGGAUAUUACUGAGGCGCAGGGAUUACUUCUCCAUGCCGGGUUUCCGGAACUAUCAGAGGGAGAGUGGACACAUCCUGGUGCACUGGUCCAUUGGGAGCCCCGUCCACUACGCAGGCUGGCACUGUUCCUGGUGCUUCAGACCAGAGGGAAUUUCCCAAAAGCUCAUCUCUGCCCAGAAUGGAGACUUCCCCCGCUGGGGCGACUACGUGGAAAAACGAGACCUGAAUUACAUCAAGGGCUUGAUCCGGACUGGGGGAUGGUUCGAUGGGUCGGUGGGGGAGUACCCACCCACAGACCCUAAAGACCCUAUGUACGCACCCAAAUAUCUAUUAAAGUACUUUCAGCUGUAUCGCUACGUACUUGAUAACCCAUAUGCUUGA